AGACAGACAAGCCGGCACCGGAGAGUGAGGACACGGGGACCCAAGAAGGAAGGAAAGAGAUGCUGACUUCCGUCGGAAUCUGAAGGCCAAGGUUCAAGACCACCUGUGCUACUUGCUGCUGUGAUCUCGGGCAGGAGACCUCUCACCUCUCAGCCAUCACACACUUUCCUGUGAAAUGGGGACCGUGACCGUCCCACCACUGAGUCACCGUGAAUGACGACACAAAUGUCCUCAUGGUUGUUGUGAAACCAUCUAGUCCUCAGCAUCAUCUACAAAGACAUCCAUCUGCAGGCUCUCCCAGGCCUCGUGACUCCCAGAGUCUGAGAGGUUAGCACACAAGGGCACACACACACGUCCACGUGAGGCACCGAGGACACAGCCAGCAUGAACUGGGGAUUUCUCCAGGGAAUCCUGAGUGGUGUGAACAAGUACUCCACGGCACUGGGCCGCAUCUGGCUGUCUGUGGUCUUCAUCUUCCGGGUGCUGGUGUAUGUGGUGGCGGCAGAGGAGGUGUGGGACGACGAUCAAAAGGAUUUCAUCUGCAAUACCAAGCAGCCAGGCUGCCCCAACGUCUGCUAUGAUGAGUUCUUCCCCGUGUCCCACGUGCGCCUCUGGGCCCUGCAGCUCAUCCUGGUCACCUGUCCUUCCCUGUUAGUGGUCAUGCAUGUGGCCUAUCGUGAAGAGCGAGAAAGGAAACAUCGCCUCAAACAUGGGCCCAAUGCCCCAGCCCUGUACAGCAACCUGAGCAAGAAGAGGGGUGGCCUGUGGUGGACAUACCUGCUGAGUCUCAUCUUCAAGGCUGCUGUGGACUCUGGCUUUCUCUACAUCUUCCAUUGCAUUUACAAGGACUAUGACAUGCCCCGAGUGGUAGCUUGCUCUGUGACUCCCUGCCCCCACACUGUGGACUGUUACAUCGCCCGACCCACAGAGAAGAAGGUCUUCACCUACUUCAUGGUAGUCACGGCAGCCAUUUGUAUUCUACUCAACCUCAGUGAGGUCGUCUACCUGGUGGGCAAGAGAUGCAUGGAGGUCUUCCGUCCCCGGCGCCGGAAAGCUUCCAGGAGGCACCAACUGCCAGAUACGUGCCCACCGUAUGUGAUCUCCAAAGGAGGUCACCCUCAAGAUGAGAGCGUGAUCCUAACAAAGGCCGGGAUGGCCACGGUGGAUGCAGGUGUGUAUCCAUGACCUGCAGGUAUGGUUAUGAGGUGACUGUCUGUCCACUGAAGCCACCCAGGAAAAUGGGCGAAGGGAGUGUGGUCUUCUGCAGCAGGUCAGGUGGGAAACAUGGCUGUGGGGACUCCAGAAGUUCAUCCAAGAGCUAGCGGAAGAUGGGAAGCACCCUUGAGUCCCUAGAACUUGAGCCUCCAGGGACUUGAUGGCUGGUGGGGAUGUUAUAUUUGUCAAUGAGGACCUCAACUCCAUUAAUAAAUAUGAUGUUCCCAGUGCUUUGUAGUCAGGCGGAGAAGUACGGGGGUGAUGUUCCAGGUGGUUCUCUCGGAGGAAGCUAAGCUAAGUGGUCAUCUGAGCCCCAUCUUCACACACACCAAACACACACACACAAAACCCACCAGGACAGGAAGAAGAACAGCAGACAGGACCCACAGCAGGGGCCUCACAGCUCUGCAGUAAGCUAUCCACAGCAAGGAGACAGGGAGCCAUGGAGACCCUGAUCCAUUGUGUGUGGUUUAGCAGACCUUUGCUUUCUACUCCAUGACUUCCCAACCCACCAAAUUCACAUCCCAUGCAGAGUACCACAUAGUACUUUUGAGGUGGGAGAAUGGUGUGGAGAACAAGUGAAAGAUGGAGUCUCGCAGGGGUCCAGGGGACAUGCCAUACCCCUUCAUCCUUCAUCAACACACUUCCCUGAGUCACCUCAUCCUCCCCCUGCCCUAUAACCACACACACACACACACACACACACACACACACACACACACACACACCUUGACAGUCCCACAAACAUCUUUCUAUCCUGGACCUGCCUCUGAGUACACAAGCUGCCCCUGGAUAGCUCUCAUGGAAAGUACUUUCAUAGCACAACUAGCAAUUCCUGACUGGCUUCGCCUUUUUCCCACAAAACUGCCCUCCUCACAGAGACCCUGCCGCAUUUAUGGAGGGCACUGCCAUUAUCUAGCUGUCCAGACCAAGAGCUGGCCAAUGAUCCUCACACUUCCCCCUGGCCCCAUCAGCUCCUUGGAGCCCAUAAUCCCAGCUCAGCACCUCAGGGCACUGACUCCAACCUCUGAGAACCUCUAAGUCACCUUCUCCAUCACCCCAUAGCCUUCCACCAAUCCUCCACAGGGCCUCUCAGAUCUGCUCUCCACACCUGGAUGGAAUAAUUACUCAGUCCAUGGGUAUGAUGACACCAUUCCUCCAGCUUAAACAUUUCUUUCAACACACCCACCCCUAAUCCCAUUGCCCUCAAACUGGCACUCCUGACCUCCCUCUCCCUCCACGGCUCCCUCCCUCAGUUUACUACUGAUAAUGUGUAGGUGUCCACAAUGCCAUGAAUGUGCCUCCAAUCUUUGUCAUUCUAAUCCCUCCUGCCUCCUCUGCAAAUGACCUCAAACCUCAAGAAUAGCCUCACCACUUGGCAUGCCAGCUCAGGCCUCUCUCUCCCCUGCCAUUCUCUCUGGGUUGGAAUAGCUGAUACCUGUGAAUGAUACCCAUCAGCCUGUGAGCCCUUUAAGGGCAGGAUGCUGAGUCACCAGGUUUGCAGCCUUCAAUAAAUGUUUGCUAAGUGAGUAAA